CUAACCUAUAAUUGAUUGCGUGGCGUCUAACAGCAGCCGCGCCUGGUAUAUUUUUUAAAUUUAACUAUUAAAUAUAUUAUUUAUAGUUUAAAAAUUAUUAAAUUUUAACAUAACAAAAGAAAUCACAAUGUGUACAAAUAUUCUGUGCAAAUGUUAAAUUUUAAAUAGUUUAUAUUUGUACAACAAUGUGUAUGAUUCGAUUUCUAUGUGUAUAACUUUAUCUGUUGAGAUAUACAGCUUACUCGUGUGUCAGAGAUUAGUUUUGUUCAGUUGGCAGUAGUAUAUAUUACAUAUAUCACACGAAGAAGGGGUGAAAUUGCAUAGUUAUAAUAAUAAAAAAAAAACCAUCAAGUUUUAACAGAAGACAUUGAUUAUCAUUGGUAUAAUUGUGUAAUGGACGAAUAUGAUUGGUGAAAUGAAAUUGAACCUUAGUUGAUAUACUUACAAUUUAUUCAAGAGAUUGUAUGUAGAUUGUAUUCGUCAACGAUCAGUUUUAAAAAAAAAAAGAACGCAUAAUCAAUUAUUGUGGAAGAUAACAUAUUUAGAUUAUCGGUAUUUCUACCUUUUAAAUAAUCAAUUGCUGUGAUUCGUUCGCUUUGCGCGUGAACAGGCGAAAACAGGAAAAACAGGUACGCGACAACUGCCACGGGGUUUGCAAGCAAAUUUCUUAGUUAUUUUCGAGUGAUUGGAGCACAGUGAAAAAUAGUUUAAAGUGCCAUUGUUGAAAAAUAUUUUUACAGUUUAGCUUUAGUAAAUGUGGAAUGGUUAUUUGUGGUGAUUGUGAAGGGAUUUGGUCCGUGUGGCAGCAUGCCCCAGUCCCGGUGGGAUUUAUGUUGUCACAUAAAAAUAAAUUAACUGAACAGCAUCAAAAAUCGUUAAUCAGUUUGAGAUUUCAUCCUUAUUUCUAAGAUGAUUAAACGAUCAUUGUAUUGUGUAAAAAAUAGUCGAAGCUGCCUAUCGAAAAAAACAGUCACUUAUUUUCCUACAAUAUUAAUAAAAUCUACUGCCUGCUGAUAAUUGAUUCAUCUAUACUUUUCAAUGAACUUAAAUGGAUACCAUGACAAUAGUUAAAAUUAUGUUGAGCUGAAAACCCUAUUUAGACAACUUAUGUGUGAAAUCUAGUUCAUCAAACUUUUAUAAAUUACAAGUAAUUAAGAAUACUUUAGUGACUAUAAAACUAUUAUUUUAAAAUACUAAAAAUAACUUGGAAGUAAGUUAAUGUUUUUUACUUAAUUCAUUAACAUAACACAGAUAAGUGAACAAAUAGUUGAUUGAAAAUAAAAACAAAAUAAAAAAAUAUGGAAACAAUAUGCGUGGUUGAGUAUUCAAUAUCUCGAAUAAGAAAAACGAACUGUUUGAAUUAACUGAUCACAAUGUACGAAAAAAAUUUACAAUAUUUACAUCAAUGCUUAGAAGUUACAUUCAAACAAAAAGAAGAAAACGACGAAGAGGCUGUAUUUAAAUAUUUUAUGGAUGAUAGAGGACAAAUAUACUACUAACCCUAAAGAUAUCAAGGGUUAACCGUCAUGGAAAGUAGUAUUUCUGGUGUCGUUCAAGUGUUCGUGGGUGAAUGGAGCCCAGAAUAUGAAGCACUUUCAAUAAAAGCAACUAAACAAACAACUUCUGCUGAAAUCGUAGAAUGUAUUAUUGAAAGGCUUGGUCUUGUAGAUGGUACUAUGUCAAAUGGAUACGAACUUGCCGAAGUUGUUGGAAAUUCAGUUGGUCAAGAAUGCAAAGAAAGAAGACUUGGACCAUCAGAGUGUCCUGUGGCACUUAUGUUACUGUGGCCCAAGAGUGUUACUCAACAAGAGUAUUAUAGAUUUUAUUUGAGAAAGAAAACACCCGACUAUUUAUGGUCGGACAGUAGAUUUCCGAUGGAUCCACAGCUUCUCAAAGAUUAUUUCAACAGAUUUUUAUAUCAACCAAAAGACAAGGAAUAUCCUGACUUGUGCCAAUUACCAGAUCUCAAUGAACAAACUUUACUGGACAAUCUUCGAGCGAGGUUUUUAGCAGGAAAUAUUUAUACUUAUGUUGGAAGCAUAUUAAUUGCUGUGAAUCCCUUUAAAUUUUAUCCUAUUUACAAUCCAAAAUAUGUCAAACUUUAUCAAAAUCGAAGACUUGGUCCUGAUAUACCUCCACAUAUUUUUGCUAUUGCGGAUGCUGCCUAUCACUCAAUGUUAAAAGAAAAGAAAAAUCAGUGUAUUGUUAUUAGUGGUGAAAGUGGUUCAGGCAAAACGGAAUCUACAAAUUUUCUUUUACAUCAUUUAACUGCAUUAAGUCAAAAAGGAUCACACGGUAGUGGUGUCGAGCAGACAAUUCUUAGUGCUGGACCAGUUCUGGAAGCCUUUGGAAAUGCCAAAACUGCUCAUAAUAAUAAUAGUAGUAGAUUUGGUAAAUUCAUUCAAGUUAAUUAUAAGGAAAAUGGAAUGGUCCAUGGUGCUGUAGUUCAAAAAUAUUUAUUAGAAAAAUCCAGAAUAGUUUCACAAGGAAAAAACGAGAGGAAUUACCAUGUAUUUUAUUAUUUACUCGCUGGUGCAAGUGAACAAGAACGUCAGUUAUUGCAUUUACAAAGUGCAGAUCGUUACAACUAUUUAAAUAAAAGUGGUUGUUAUGGGUUAGAAAAUAUCGAUGAACGACAUGAAUUCUCAAGAUUAAAACAAUCCAUGGAAAUGGUUGGAUUUACGCCAGAAAAACAGAGAAGGCUAUUUGCAGUUUUAUCAGCUGUAUUACUUCUUGGUAAUGUGGAAUUUCAACCGAGAAAGUCUUAUCAUCAUCAUGACGAGGCUGUAGGUGUCAAGAAUCCAGAAGUAGUUGCUAUUAUUUCAGAAUUACUGCGAGUAAAACAGGAAACUCUUCUUGCUGCAUUGACAGCUAAACGCGCGCGAGCUUCUGGAGAGACUUUAGUUAUCAAUUAUCGAUUACCAGAAGCUAUUGCUGCUAGAGAUGCAAUGGCUAAAUGUUUGUAUGGAGCUCUCUUUGACUGGAUAGUACUCCAGGUAAAUCAUGCUUUACUCUCCAAAAAAGAUACCUUACGUGAUCAUCAAGGCCAUAGUAUUGGAGUUUUAGACAUCUUCGGUUUUGAAGAUUUCAAAACAUGCAAUAGUUUUGAACAACUUUGCAUCAAUUAUGCCAAUGAACAAUUACAACACUAUUUUAAUCAGCAUGUAUUUCAAUAUGAACAGCGUGAAUAUAGAAGACAAGGAAUAAGAUGGACUGAUAUUGGAUUUAGUGAUAAUUCUGGGUGUCUUAAUUUAAUCGAAGGCAAACCAAAUGGACUCCUUUGUCUUCUUGAUGAUCAGUGCAAUUUUCCGGGUGCAACAAACGAAACUUUACUACAGAAAUUUAAUUCUGUACACAAAGACAAUCAAUUUUAUGAGACUCCUCAACGUCGGGAAGCAGCUUUUGUUGUGCGACAUUACGCCGGAGCAGUGAAAUAUCAAGCAGCAAAUAUGAGAGAAAAGAAUCUUGAUCUUAUGCGACCUGAUGGUGUUGUUGGAGUAUUAAAAAACUCGUCCUUGGCAUUUGUGCGGGAACUAGUUGGUGCUGAUCCUGUUGCUGUAUUUAGAUGGGCGAUAUUAAGGGCAUUCUUUCGGGCACAUUUUGCAUUUCAGGAAGCUGGCCGUGCUCAUCGUCAUGGCAGAGCUGAUGGCAACAAAAACUCCGUUCAGAACCGAUAUCGUACACCUAAUGAUAAUUUAAUCAGUUUGCACAAACAUAAUCGUCCGCCAAGCUAUCAGAAGCAGCGCAGUAUCUGCUUGCCACCAACAACUCCUACCGCCACAUUAACCGCCACACAAAUUGAAAACAACGACAAUGUAAACAACAACCGGCUAUCCUGGCCGCAAUUUAGAAAUAUUAAUCAAACUCAACACCCAAUGAAUAUAACGCCAACCAAAGGUGGUUACGUUUUACGGGUCAGGGAAGAGCAGCCUAUUAGUAAUAAUAAAUUCAGACGAGAUACUCACACGCCACUAGAGAGGGUGCUUCCUAAAGAUGAAGCAAACGUCAUGGAACGUGCUAAUCAAAUUGUCAUGAAAAACAAGUCAUUUCGACCACGUGAAAGAGGUAAAAAAGGUUUAAAAAAUCUUCAAACGGUCAAAACACUUGCUGGAAGAACACAGAGUUAUGGUACAGGUCCUGGAAAAGCAAGAAAACAACCAAUGACAGUAUCUGCUCAAUUUCAACAUAGUCUACAUAGUCUUAUGGAUACUCUUAAUCAAGCAAAUCCAUUCUUCAUCCGUUGUAUUAAAAGUAAUUCUAAUAAAAUUCCUAAUGAAUUUGAUGAAGAAACUGUUCAAAGGCAAUUAAGAUAUACGGGAAUGCUUGAGACAGUAAGAAUUCGGCAAGCAGGAUUUAACGUUCGAUUAACCUAUGAAGAAUUUAUUCAACUUUAUCGUAUGUUACUUCCAAACGGAUUAAUAAGUUCACAAAAUGACGUUAGAGACUUUCUAUUAACAUUGAAUCUCAAUAAAGAUAAUUAUCAACUGGGUAAAACGAAAAUUUUCCUGCGAGAAUCGGAAAAAAUAAAAUUAGAUAUUGAAUUACAUCAGCAAAUUAUAACAAGCAUAACAACUAUUCAAAAAUGGUUUCGUGCUUGUUUAGAGAGAAGAAAAUUUUUACGAAUCAAAAAUGCUGUUGUAUUAAUUCAGUCAUUCUGGAGAAUGGUUAUGGCACAAAGAAUGGCUGCAACUGUUCGCGCACGAGUGGAUGCUGCAAUUCAUAUUCAAGCUACGUGGAAAGCUUAUAAACAACACACGUGGUUUAAAAAGUUUAAAUCAUGUGUAAUAUUAUUUCAAGCUCAUGUGAGAGGUAGAAGAGCUAGAAAAGCUUUUGCUGAAAUGAAAAGACGUCAACAAGUAUCAAUAUGUAAAACAGAAACAAGUACCGAAAGUUUUACAUUUGAAGAAUGUAAAAAUAUGUUUAAAAAUCAAUCUAGUGCUCAAUUAAAAUCUACAACAGAACCAUGCCCAUCACCACGACGAUCUGAAGCUUAUCCAAGUUCAAGAUUAGAAAUGAUACAUCCAGAAUCACCAAUAGAUUCCAGUAUUUCAUACUCAAAACGUAAAUUAACGCCAAAUAAACGAACUCUUAAUUCUCGUGAUGUAAAAACUUCCGAUAUUCUCAGUCAAGAGGAUAAUAGUCUACGUAAAGGUAGUUUAGAAAGUCUUGCAAGUCUCAGAAGUUAUGAAUCACAGCUUAGCAUUGAUAGUUCUGAGUCUCAUUAUUCCCAAGAAAGUGUUAAUUCAAAACCUAUUCCAAGUGCUAGAACAAAACGUGCUGAUCAAUCACCACUAAUAAAUACAGUUAACAUAGGUAUCGUCAAUACUACAAGUCGAUCAUCCACUAAUAAAAGAACAGAUAGUUCAUCAACUGGAUAUAGUGAUGGUGAUACUGAUGGAGAAACUCCUAGUACGAUUCAAAGUGCUCCACCAAUUUUCAAUACGAAUGUUUCAUCUUUUCACAGCUCUCGAGAUAAAUAUCAUCCAAGUGGAAAUUUGUCUCAGAGUACAGGUGCAGAAAUAUGGCGAAAAAGAACUGAUUAUUCAACAAAUUAUAUUGAUAUUGGUCAAAGUCCACAAAAAGUAGUAAUUAGUAGAUCUUCAAACACCGCCCAAUACAGACAUUUAACUGAAAGUCUUCUUGAACAAACGAGAAUGGAACGAUUAAAUGAAGCAUCAAAUUUAAAUAUUAAAGUUGACUCAAAUGAUAAAUUAAAAAAUGAAAUAACUCUCAAAGAUCAAAGAAGAUUAAACGAGACUACUGGAGAAAAGUUUGAGCCUAGUUCUCCUGCUCGACAAGUUAAAGAUUUAAAAGAGUAUAGUUUCUUGAAGAGACAAAACUCUGAAGGUGAUACUUCAAUAAAAACAGACAUAAUUGAUGAAUGCAUAAAUGUACGUAAGAUAUCAUCAAUCAAAGAUGAUGAAACACGACAGGAAAAGACUGAACCGGAUGUUCCGGUACGAAGUGCAAGAAGAAAUAGACCAGGACGUGAAGUUUUAUGCCGGUCUAUGGGCGAAAGUGUAUCGGAAAAUACUUCUAGUGAUACGAAAAAUAUAUUUUUAGGUACAAUUAAAGAAAGUGAUUUUAAAUCUACUAGUGUUUGGUCGAAGAAAGAUAAUUUACCAACACGAUCGGUCACUGAUUGGCCUGUAAAUAAAAAUGAAACAGCAUUUAAAGGACAACAAGUUGGAAAAAGAAUGCGAUCAAAUGCAAUAACAACAUUGGAACUUCGAAGAAGAAAUUCGGAUCCUGCAACAAAAAUAUCGGGAUUAGAAGAGAAGACUGUAGUGGGAAAUAGUGAUAAAUUAGCACCAGGAAUGAAUCUCUUAGAAUGGAAAGGUAAUAAUCUCUUUACUCUUGCUGGUCAUCGAUUUAGAAAAGUUGCAAGAUUCGCCAAAGAAGAUGUUUGUGUUUGUUGUCAUGAAAAAAUGGAUGCAUUUGUAACACAAGGAUAUAAGUGCAAUGAUUGUAAACAACUUUAUCAUGUUAAAUGUAUACAAAAUGGAGGGGUAUUAAAAAUGCCAUGUCCAUUAGCUAACACACCUAACCGUAGAAAAAACAGAAAACCUAUUAUGAGAACUCCUUACGAAUCUGCUAAACAAACAGUUGCUUCAAAGUUCAGUUUAACAGGUACAUCAGCUUUUUCAGAUAGUACUGACAAGAUCAUAUCAGAUGCAAAAGAGCUGGCUCUGAUGCAAGAUUUUAUUACAAAAAAAAUCUACAUUAUGGAAGGUCAAGAAGAGGGUAAAAAACCUAGUGAAGUUGAUCGUGUUUUUAAACAAGCUUUAAGAAAAUUUAAAGAUGAUCUUGUGAUUACUUAUAGUGUAGUUAAUCAAGGAGGAGUUGAAGGAAAUAUUAAAUAUACAGAUCUUAUUGCUAAUUUUCUACACGUUAUGGAAACAGUUUGUAAGCAAGAGAACACUAGGGAAGACUUUCCUGUUACAAUGGGCGUCAAUGCAUUUAGAGGUUUUAUGAAUGAAUUCAUGACUCAAGUAAAACCGGAAGCACUUGAUAAACAAAGUAAAAGUAAAAGAAAAAAGGAGAAAAAACGUAAACAAGAAGAACCUAUUAAACAUGGUAGUCACAUGUUUCAACUUACAAUUAUUAAUAUUCCAACUGCUUGUGAAGUCUGCACAUCGUUCUUUAUGUGGCCAAUUGAAAGAGGACUUGUUUGUCAGAAUUGCAAACUUACUUGUCAUAAGAAAUGUUAUAUGAGAGCAGCAGCAGAAUGUGGAAAAGAUGGUACAAUUCAUGAGUUAAAUUCUCGAAAAGUUUUUGGUGUUCCACUGUAUAAAUUAGAUUGUGGUGAUGGUAAAGUUCCUCUCGUUGUAGACCGACUGAUAACUACUAUAGAAAUGCAUGGACUUUAUACUGAAGGACUUUAUAGGAAAAGUGGUGUGAGUUCUAAAGUGCGUGAAUUAAAAAUGAAAAUGGAUGAAGGUGAUUUAGAGAAAGUAGACUUUGAAAAUUAUCAAGUUCACGUUUUAGCAGCAGUGUUGAAAAGUUUUUUCCGUGAUAUGCCAGAACCUCUAUUGACUUUUGAAUACUAUGACGAUUUUCUUCAUGCAGCCAAUUUAACUGAUCCACAUGACAGAAUCAGCACUUUAUUCGCAAUCUUAAAGAAACUUCCAAAGCCAAACUUCGAUCUAAUGGAACGUCUGAUUGUUCAUUUAGCAAGAGUGGCACUUCAUGAAGUAGACAAUCGAAUGUCAUCAUCAGCACUUGCUAUUGUUUUUGCUCCGUGUAUUUUAAGAACAAAUAGGACUCUUCCAGCACAAGAUUCUCUUCAAGAUGUCGGUAGACAAACCAAGUGCGUUGAGACAAUUGUACAAGAAAAAUUACGAUUUGUCAGAGCAACACUUGCAGACAUAAGUACUCUAGAGUCUGCGUGUCAUGCCGCAACUAAUCGACUUUCCAGUCUUCGUUCAUCUAAAAUAUUUAGCCCUGAAGAAUUAAGUAUCACAACUUCUACAGAUGGUAAUAGGGGCAAUGCUUCAGACCGUGAUGGUGAUAGGGGUGAUGAAGAGGAAGCUCUUCUAGUUGGACAUAUUCAAACAAUUCAAAAAGAAAAAGCUCUUCUUACUUCAACAUUGCCAAGUCUUACUCGAGCUUCAUCAGACGAUGAUCUAUUACUUUCUGCUACCGACCUCGAUGAUGGAUCUUUAGAUGAUUUACUUCCACCUUCAGCCGAUGCCUUGGUAAGGAAAAGAAAUAUUCAUAGACAAAGUUCAACAGAAAAUACAUUUCCUACAAUCAUCCACGUCGAUGAAGACAUGGUGAUGGUAUGACCUGUUAUUUGUACCUACAAUGAAGUUGAUUACCCAGCCAAGAUUAGUUAAUUUGUGUUCUUCUAUUUAAAGUCAAUAUCCGGGCACAUAUAGCGCUAUUAACUUGGUAGUAAUUAAUUUCAAUAGUUUACUCGACAUUAAAUAAGUCUUUGAGAGUAAGUUGUAAAUGAACGUCGAAAACAGUUUCGAUAUCGGUUCAGGAGGUUGUCGGAAGCAAUAAGAAAUGAAGAAUAUUUUUUAUAAUAAAUCAAUAUUAAUAACUCUAUAUAUAUGUUUUCUAUUAGAUGAUAGAAAAUUCUAAAAUUGUUUAAAGCACAAAGAUUGUGAUUGAAAAAAAAAAAUUAAUACAAUAUUCGGUGCUUAAAAAUUUUUUUUUAUUUGAUUAUUAUUAUAAUAAUUAUUAUUUAUUAUUAUUACUAUUGUAAACUUUUUUAUCUCUCUAUAAAUACGACUAUCGGAAUGAUUGAUCAAACAUGCAUUUUUUC